AAAUGCUCACUAACAGGGAUGUAAACACAUUUGUGCACAAAAUUUGAGAGAAAUAAGCUUUUUGUCCGACACUUCUUAAUUCAGCUCUUCAAAUAUGGGACCAACACAUUACAUUUAAUAUUUUUGUUCAGGCUAGAACAUAAUUAGGUGUAGUCUGAGGCUUAGUCUACAAACUGUACCUGAUCAUCAUCAGCAGGGGUGGGGAGGCAUGUGGAUGAAGAAUGACACUCUAUUAUAAAUCCAGAGUUAAAAACAUGGCGUGAUGUUUCUGCCAGAGACCAUCGGUUUAAUGUUUUUUCUUUUCCUCAGAGAAGAGGCGUGGUCUUUCGUCCAGCCAGAUGGAGCUGGGGACGGGUAGCUCCUCCCACAUGGGGGUGGGUUUCCCUGAUGAGGGUGUCGCUUUUGAGAACCCCGCCCUAUUCGACAGCUUUGAGGAGGUGGAGCUCCACAGGGUGAUGAAGAGCUCCAAGAGGAGCAGAGAUGGAGAGAACACACGAGUUAGGAUGAAGAACGUGGUGGGCGUCAUCGCCAGGUACAUGGCGGCCCUGCAGGAGUUCAGACGCAGCGUCUCCAUGAAGGUGGCGUUCGACCGCGUGGGCGUCGACCGCAACACCAUCUCACGGACGGCCGCCAUCGCCGAGCUGAGCCUGGCCGCUCCGGAGGUGUUCCACGCUCUGCCACCUUGGGACGAGAAAGAGGAGACGCUGGCUCACUACGCCCACCGCUGCAGGCAGGCCAUGGACGACACCAUCAGAGCCAAGAUCAAAACCAUGAAAACCAAGGGAGACCUACUGCCCAUAGUCAGCAAAUAACCCCAGAGACGGAAGGUGUGUCCUCGGAUGCCUGUAGGACAAACCAGACCAACACCAUCUGCGGUAGAUUACCUGCUCGGUGUUUUGACAAACGGUGGCAAUUUUAACAUGUAGAAUCGUCAGGAAAUGAACAGAAAAUGGGGGCCGAUGUUCUGUGGUCAAAGGCAAUGGGACGGCUGUGUACGGCCUACGUUCUCGUGUUGGUCUGUCUUGUCCUUAUGAUAAAAGCCUGGUCCACAGAUCUGUUUGUGUUGUCAUGCCAAGUUGGAAGGACGGCACAAACAGGUCUGGGACCAGGCUUGCCCUCUGAUCCCCAGUGAUGCUCGACUGCCAUUUCAAAACAAGUGAAAUGUUGUUAUUGCUCCAUUCCAUUUGUCUGGCCACCCCCACUAUGACCUUAACCCAUCAAUGAUGACAGACACCAUGACUAUCAUUAAAAAACACAUUGUAGUGCACAAAUGUUUGAUUUACUGUAAUGUGUAACAUUUAUUUCGUCUUUUGAACGAUGUGCUAAUGCUUUGAAGUGUUUUAGUAGUGGAGAACAACAUUGGAAAAUACUAUUCAAAUAAGGAUCUUAUUUUUGUCAAAAGAUUUUCCGGUACUUUUGGUGGUCUAUGUAAUUGUUUUUAAAGAGAUUCUCCAGUA